CACAACCAUUUUGUUAAACCUGAAUCCAACAAUUUACUUAAUAAAAAUAAACUGCAGACAUUCUAUCAUCUGAAAAAAUGGGCAGAUUCAGAAAUGCAAAAAAAAAUCAAAGUUAAAAAGAAGGAAAAAACUGCCAGGCAUGUACAUGCCGAUCCUUUGGGUCACAAAUUAUGGCAGACUUUUCAAAAGGAAUUGGACACUGCCCAACCACAGGAAAACAGCCCAGCAAAGACUGAGCGUGUAGGCGAAAGGCUGCGGGGAGUGGACUGGGUCCUCAAUGACCCAGAUGUCAUCAUCAAAGAAAGUGUCAAUGAACUGAAGCACUGGGGGAAACAGAAUGCCCAGCCAGCUGCGGAGAACACCGCCAAGGAAGAGGCGCUCAGGAGGCUGGCCCCAGGAGCCGGGGGGCAGCUUCACAUGAUGCGGAGGCCCCGGAAGUUAGUGGGAAGCUCCUUCAACACAAAACCUUCUUUUAUAAAUGAAGAUAAAGCAGCAGUCUCUUCUUCCCUGCCUCCUGCCCCCACCCCUCCUAAAUCUGAGGUUAAACAGGAAUCAAAAGACUUAUCCUACACUAUUUUAGAAGAUGCAGAAGGUAUAGUUAGAAAUAUGGAAGCUUCUAAACCAACCUCGCGUCCCAGAAAAAAACACCUGUUCCUUGAUCCUCGCUCUCGUGCGAUGCACAGAGCAUUCCAGGCUGAAAGGAAUCACCAUUGGAAAAGGGAAGAGCUACUCAGAACAUCUGCAGGCGGGCCUCCAUCCUCUGCAGUGAGGAACCUCAUAAAUUCUCCUUCACGAGAAGCUAUUUCUUCAGAAGAACAACUGAAUUCUCAGGAAAACCCUCUGGAAGAAUUUUCUCCUUCAGACCGUCUUGUAGGAAAGGCGACUGUGCCAGAAGGAGCUAUGUCUGAAGUCGCUGCCCAUACGGAUAUUCCCAGCACAUAUGCUGUUACUGCAGGCAACUUUAUGCCAACUGUUGAACACACGGACGAAACACAACAGGAAUACCACAACGUGGGCACUGAAUUACGCUCUAAACCCACUGGCUUCACUUCCCCAGGGCCUUCAUCCUUGGGUGAUCAGUUUGAAAUCCAGGUAAACCAGCAGCUACGGUCCAUCAUCCCGAAUGAUUAUAUGAGAAGCCUCAUUUCACAUUUGAUCUGGACUCUGAAACUGGACUGCACUGAGACGCACGUGAAGCUGUCCUGUGCCAAGUUCUUCACCAGAAUAGGCCUCCUGAUAAAUCUGCUCAGUGAACAGCAAAAAGCAAAGAUGUCCAAGGCAGAGAGGAAUACCGACCUAUGGAAAGCUGAGAACUAUAUCAGUGAGAGCACAGAAGACCGGAGUGAACAGACAAGGAUGGAGUCAAAUGAGCUCACAGAAGAAGUUCUGGGAUCUGGCUAUACCAAGAAACUCAUCUUCGCAAUAUCACUAUCUGUGACAGUAACUGCAGCAGUGGCAGUCUUGGUUAUAAGUUUCUGCCUUUCUGAGGUAAGGACAAUUGAGACUCAGAACCCUAUUCCAUGGUCCUCUUCAUUCACAAGGACUGAGAUAGGCUUUGGUCUUUUAUGGAAGUUAUUUGCCCGGGAUUCUUGAAGGAGCUCCAGUCCCAGGGGGUCUCUGUGGAACUGAACCCAAGAUAAACAAGCCAUUAGACUAUUUUGAAAAGUCAAGUUUAUAAGAAGGCCAGAGUUGACAUGGUAGUAAAAUUUCUUCAACUCAGAACACUGCACCUCACCAGUCACUCUCAUUCCUUCACUGCUUUCUUUCUUUGUUGGAUGAAAUGAUAAGAUACAUCAUCUCCACCCUCCUGGAGCCUUCAGUCACUGUGGGAGGGCUAAAAGGACAUGGCUGAGAGAUAGAAGUGUCAUCUUGUCGAUUCAUUAGAUUUCCUUCCGGCUUUCUUCUCCGGUGUGUAAGAUAUUGUGCAGGUAGGUUCCAUCAAAAUAUUGUGAAUAAAAUCCUGCCUCAGGCUCCUCUGAAGUGUGUCCUUUUGUUGUAGUUCUGUUCUCAAACCAUAGCCUACUGACUCUGCCGUGGAGGCCUGUCUCUGCAGGAGGACAUCCUCUGCUUGUGUAGACACAGAAGCCCUGUCUGUAGAACAGAUGAUUUCUCACUGACGAGUAAUAAUUUUGCGUUCUGAUUUCUGAUCAAUGCUGUGAUACCGAUAAAGUGAGACUGCUUUGAUAGGAAGAUGUGAGAUCCCUCUUGGUGAAGAAAGAGUCUGAUUUCUGAGUCUAGGAACCUGAGGACUAGCGUGGGGUCAGCUUGCUAGUCAUUAUUGGCCAUUGCCCAGACUGUGCCCCCUGCAUUUCCAGGUGGCAUAUGGCCUUGUGCUUUUGUAGAAUUUCUACAAACUCCUUUUUUAUUGCUUUUAUUGCUAUGUAGUUUAAACCUGCAUUUGUAUUUAUUUAUAUCAUUUCAUAAUUUCCUCUCCCCACUUAGAUGAUAAGUUUUUUCAGGACAGGGAGCAUGCAGUGUUUUUCCUAAAGUUGACAAAAAUGAUGUUCAAUGGAAGAGAGAUGACGCAUUAUGUCAAUUCCACAAUGAGAAGUAA